UGUAAUAAUGCUAUGCUACAGGUAGAGCUUCAGUUAGAACCUCUGCCAACUUGAGUUAGAAAUAUGAACUGUGACUCCUUACUCGCCCCCUCCCAGGAGACCAAGAGGACUGUUCGAGGUCCCUCCCCUCUCCCAUUCUAUUGGAAGCAACUUGGGAAGGGCGGGGGAUGGCUGCAGAAUUGAGUGGCUUUAGAAAGACAAAAGUGAAGGUGGUACUCCGAGCAGACCGGCUAUUAGGAGGCUGAGGGGUGGGGCAUUGCGAGGGGCUUUUAGGAGUGCUUAAAGCAGCUGGUGAGCUGGAUGAAGAUGCAGCAUAAGGGAACAGAACAGAAACGGUAGACAGAGUGCAGAUAAAACAUGAGUCCCAGAGGGCCCUCACCAGCUGGAUCCCAAGCAAUCAGGAGCCUGGGAUUGGAGACCCCACCCCUGCCGUGACAUCACAGGGGAGUGGGGUGGAGACGAACAAAAAGGGGUCCCCCGCCCUGGCCCUGGACUCUUGGCAGCCCAGAGUGUCAAGAACAGGGAGAGCCUGGGCACUGGGCUAGGGUUGCCUGACUUAAAGAAACAGGCUCCCCGUUCCAUAAGCCCCUCUAAGCGGCUCCCUCCAGGACUCCUUGAUCCCCCGUCUCCCUCCCUGAGGGCCUCUCCCCUCCUGAGGCCACCCUUGGGUCCCUGUGAGCAGCCCCUGAGCACUCUUUCGGCAUGAACUGCAUGUCAGAUUUCUUCACCUAUGAGACCACCAAGUCUGUGGUUGUGAAGAGCUGGACCAUUGGGAUCAUCAACCGGGCAGUUCAGCUGCUGAUCAUCUCCUACUUUGUGGGGUGGGUUUUCUUGCAUGAGAAGGCGUACCAGGUGCGGGACACAGCCAUUGAGUCCUCCGUGGUAACCAAGGUGAAGGGCUUUGGACGCUACGCCAACAGAGUCAUGGACGUGCCUGAUUAUGUGACCCCACCCCAGGGCACCUCUGUCUUUGUCAUCAUCACCAAGAUGAUUGUUACUGAAAACCAGAUGCAAGGAUUCUGCCCAGAGAGCGAGGACAAGUACCGCUGUGAGUCCGACAGCCAGUGCAGGCCUGAGCGCUUCCCGGGUGGGGGGAUCCUCACCGGCCGCUGCGUGAAUUACAGCUCCGAGGUCCGGACCUGCGAGAUCCAGGGCUGGUGCCCCACCGAGGUGGACACCGUGGAAAUGCCCGUCAUGAUGGAAGCCGAGAACUUCACUAUUUUCAUCAAGAACAGCAUCCGGUUCCCCCUCUUCAACUUUGAGAAGGGAAACAUGCUUCCCAAUUUGACCGCGGCCGACAUGAAGACCUGCCACUUCCACCCUGAAAAAGCCCCCUUCUGCCCCAUCUUGCGUGUGGGGGAUGUGGUCAAGUUUGCGGGGCAGGAUUUUGCCAAACUGGCCAGCACGGGCGGAGUCCUGGGCAUCAAGAUCGGCUGGGAGUGCGACCUGGACAGGGCCUGGGAGCACUGCAUCCCCAGGUACUCCUUCACGCGCCUGGACAGCGUUUCCCAGAAGAGCAGCGUCUCCCCGGGCUACAACUUCAGGUUUGCCAAGUACUACAAGAUGGAGAACGGCAGCGAAUACCGCACGCUCCUGAAGGCUUUCGGCAUCCGCUUCGAUGUGCUGGUGUACGGGAAUGCUGGCAAGUUCAACAUCAUCCCCACCAUCAUCAGCUCCGUGGCAGCCUUCACCUCUGUGGGAGUGGGGACUGUCCUCUGUGACAUCAUCCUGCUCAACUUCCUCAAGGGCGCAGACCAGUACAAAGCCAAGAAGUUUGAGGAGGUGAACGAGACGACGCUGAAGGUCACUGCCUCCGCCAACCCCGUGUACCCCAGCGAUCAGACCACGGAGGAGAAGCAGUCCACAGACUCGGGGGCCUACUCCAUCGGCCACUAGGGCCUCAGCCCAGGGCCCCCCACUCACCACUGGGCUCCAGGCCCCCCAACAGGAGGCCCCACUGGGCAAGGGGGGAUGGGAGAGAGGGGGUCUCAUUUCUGCAGCUCAGCUCAGGAGGCCACAUCCCAGACGGGGGGUCUGGACCUCCCAGUGCUCCUGCUGAGACCUGAGUCUCACGUUUACCCCUUGCCUCGCCCUUCCCUGCUUCCCAGGACCCCACUGGACAGCAGCACCUGAGUCUCCCCCCUUCUGAAGAGUAGACACAGUAAUAGUAAUACCAAGUGGCCGCAAGGGCCUACCAAGUGCCAGGCACUUCACACACGUUAUCUCAUUUAAUCCUUAGAAUACUCCUAUGAGGUAGAUGUUAGGUUCCCUGUUUUGAACAGAAACUGAAACUCA